CGUAAACGGAAGGUUAAAAUAGCUUCUUUCUACACCGUUCAUAUGUCCGAAAGUCCAUGGCAUGCGUUCUCCCUACCGAUGCUGCCAUUUCUAAUUUGUAAGUUCUAACCCAUUACCUGAUGGAUACAACAUUCAUGGUUUCUCAAUCACCUGAAAGCAGUCGGCAAUUGUUAAGAACGCCAUUAUCGAGUCCAGAUUCCAAUAUGUCAGAAACUGAGUUACCAAAUCCAUAUUUGCCUGAUGAGAUUGUAAAAGAAAUCCUUUCUCGAAUCCCUGUAAAAUCCUUAUUGCAAUUCAGAUGCGUAUCAAAGCAUUGGAAGGAGCUAAUUACAGGUACUCAUUUCAUCAAAUCACAUCUUAAAAAUGCCCUAUCUUCAUCAACCCAACAUCGAAUCCUUCUUCCAACUUCCCCUCUUAUGUCUUUAAACUAUAAUAACAUCAACGAAUCACUACAACUUGAUUCCCCAUUUCCAAACCCUAAAACUUCAAUCAAGAUCCUGGGUUCCUGCAAUGGAUUAGUAUGUUUAAUCGAUGGCACACGUGACAUAAUCAUCUACAACCCAUCAACCAGAAGACAUUUCAAGCCAUUUCAAUCACCUCAACAAGCUCUUCAUUGCUCAAACCGGAUCGAAUUCGUGUAUGGAUUUGGGUGUGGAUCAAAAAACCCUAAUGACAUGAAAGUUAUAAGAUUUCCCCGAUUUGCUCGUGACUCUGGAUACAAUAAAUUUAAGGUACGCGAUAAACAUUCAAGUUCUUGGAGAACUGGAUCAGUGUCAUCUAGGUAUGAUUUCAUCGAUACAGUUGGUACUUUUUUAAACGGUGUUCUUCACUGGUUAGCUUAUGGUAGUGGCAAUGGUGAUGAUUAUAGAUUAGUAGCUUCAUUCGACUUAUCUGAAGAGACAUUUUUAGAAAUUUCUUUGCCACCUCAAGAUUCAAGUCUUCCGUGUUAUGUUUUGGGUGUUUUACAAGGAUGUCUUUGUGCGAUUUGUGAUGAUAUUGGGUAUACAGAUGUUGAGAUAUGGUUGAUGAAGGAAUAUGGGGUGGUCAACUCUUGGUCAAAAUUGGUUAAAAUUCCACUUAAUAUGGGGAUUCAGAACAUUUCUUAUAUGAUGCCUUUGGGGUCUUUAAAUGAAGAUGAAAUUGUUUUGGAGAUUGAUUUGCAAUCGUUUGUGAUUUAUGAUGUGAAGAAGAAGGUUUUUAGGUGUCCGAUGAGUGGUCAUGAUUUGAAAUUGUUUGGGGAUGCUAUGGUGUAUGUGGAAAGUAUGCUUUCACCUCAAGUGUUGUGUGUUUUGUAUUGAUGUAAUGUUGAUUUGAUGAAGAAAAGAUUAUGGAAUUUUUAAUGCUUGUUUUUCAUUUUCUUUUAUA